AUGAUUUUGAUUGGUUCCGAGGAAAGAGAAUGUCAGGUAGACCGCCAGUGGAGUGGGACUGAGCCAUCCUGCUACUUUAAAUAUACAUACGACAACCCGUGGGAGAUUAGCGAGGCAUUUGGUGGGGACAUCAAAAAAACUCUUACCUCAAAUUUAGUCAAUGACACUCAACAAGGGCGGCUGGUGACUUUAACUCAAAAUGGGACUCUCAAUAUUUUCAUUGCCUUGGAUGUCUCUGAGAGCAUUGAUGAAGAGGAUUUUGAAUCUUCAAAAAAUGCUAUAAUGACACUUAUUGAAAAGAUUGGAGUCUUCUCUGUGCAUCCAAACUAUGAAAUCAUUUUAUUCUCCUCCAACAUCCAGUCAGUCAUUAACAUUCUGGAUUUCUAUGGGGCUCAGAAAGCACCAUCCAGACGCACAAUAUUGCAGAGGUUUCAGAAUGCUUCGUUGGAAAGGAAAGAAAACUACGGAACAAAUAUUGAUGCCGUAUUUAAAAAAAUAUUGGAAAAAAUGUCUAUUAUAAAGAUUCGUGCGAAACAUUUUAAAGAGCACCAACAUGUGAUAAUUUUGUUCACAGAUGGUGGUUACAAUACAGGAGGUUCUCCAACUGGCACUGUUAAUCAAAUUAAGCAUAUGGUCUAUAUGGACGAGAAGGAGAGCCGAGAAAAACACCUGGACAUUUAUGUUUUUGGCAUCGGAUCUCAGAUAAAGGAUGACAUUUUGAAGCCUCUCGCAGUCGGCAUCGGGGGGAGACAUUACUACAAAUUGAGAAAUAUAGACAAAUUACAGGAGACUUUUGAUGACAUGAUUGAUGAAGCAGAGGUUAUUGGCCUUUGUGGUCUUUACCAAAAUUAUGGAUCUUUGAAUGAUAAAAAAAAGAGAAGAAAAAAGUAUCCCUGGGUUUUGUCUUUCACAGUAAAUCAUGAUGGACAAAUAUCAAAGUGCCUUGGCUCUCUGGUUUCUCGUCGUUUCAUUUUGACCGCAGCCCACUGUUUCAAAGAUAAAACAGACAAAAUUACUUUUAAUGAUUAUAAAUUUGUUGUUGAGACGAUUCACAUACAUCCUGAUUUCAACCUUUAUGCUAAAGUGAAGCAAGGUGUGAGUCAGUUUUUUGACUAUGAUGUGGCUCUCCUCGAACUUAAUGAUGAUGCAGAGAUCACCAAAGUACUGAGACCAAUUUGUAUCCCUUGCACAGCAGAGACUAAUGCAGUAUUGGGGAAGAAUUUAACUUGUGAAGGGCAAGAAAAACUUCUACUCAGAAACAAUGAAAAAGUAGCUUUUCUGACGGAUAAAGAUUAUGCCGAAAAAGUGGCACAUUUGAAGAUGGGUGACGAUAGACCCGGCUGCAUCGAUAAAGCAAAGAAUGCUCCCAACAUUACAGUGAAUGAUGCAACGGUGGCUGUGACUGAAAACUUCCUCUGCACUGGUGGACGAUAUCCCAAUUUAGAUAAAAUGUCAUGUAAAGGGGACUCUGGAGGGGCAGUGUUCAAGCAUCAUGAGGGCCGAACAGUCCAGUUGGCGAUAGUGAGCUGGGGCACCAAACACUUGCCUGGGUGCGACAACAGAGAACUUCGUGUGUGUAAAGCUGGAAAAGGGAAGCCGUGUUACAAACUUGCCUACUUCUCUGAGCUCCGGCGGCGGCUGAACUUUGUGGAGGCUGAGCUGGCGUGCAGACGGGAUGGGGGUCAGCUGCUCAGUGUGGAGUCAGAGGCAGAGCAGAAGAUCAUAGAGCAGCUCAUCACAGAGCUGCGUCCCACCGAUGGGGACUUCUGGAUCGGUCUCCGGAGGGACUAUGGGGACGGGGACAGCAGCACAGACUGUUCUCCUCAAUACUACUGGCUGGACAACAGCAAGAGCACAUACAGAAACUGGCACUGGGAUGAGCCGUCCUGUGGCUACGAGGUGUGUGUGGUCAUGUACCAUCAGCCCUCCGCUCCCCCUGGUCUUGGAGGAUUAUACAUGUUUCAGUGGAACGAUGACAACUGUGAAACUAAGAACAAUUUCAUCUGUAAAUACACUUCAGAGCAACCAGUGGACGUGUCCCCUGCUCCCAAUGUCACACAUUCCGCCCUGAAUCUGGUUUACAUCAUCAUUCCCACCAUCCCUUUGAUACUGCUGUUCCUCACAGUGACGGGAGUUUGCUGUUUUAAAAUGUUUGGCCGAAGGAGGGCUCCACAGAAGUCUGAAGUGUGCCACACAGAGCCAGUCGUUUCUCCGAGUCCUGCAUCAGGCGACGUCUAUAACGUGAUUCGCUUGCAGAAGGAGGAUGACCUGGUCUCGACCCGUCCACACACAAAGAACACCUCUUUUCUGGGCUCGUCUCCGGACACUCCUACAGGCGACUACGACAACUUGGGAGGCCGGGACACUGAGAGUGGCUUUGUCACACUAACCAGUAACGAGAGCUGCUUUCUCAAUUUUGACCUGAAUGACCUUAACUUUAGGCAGCAUGGCAGCUUCUAUGACACCAGUUUGGGCCGUUCUGUCAAGAGGGACGUUUACGGGAACAGUCUGGGACGUCCUGCGGGGCACAGGGAGUUCUAUGACAGGAGCUUGGGCAGACGCACAACCAAGAGUGAGCACUAUAGCAGCAGUGUGCAUCCAGUCCCCGAUCUGUAUGACACCAGUCUCUUUGACCCAAAACUCAGGCCUCCCAUUGUGAAGGCCGACUUGUACCAGACAUACAUGAGCGAUGGAAAAGGGGAGACUUUCCAGAGCAGCUUGGGCACAUAUGAUCGCCGCAAAUCCUACCAAGCACACGUGGACUACAGAAGUGGGCUGAAUCUGGACAAUGGGAGGAGAUACUUGGACUGGAUCAACAGAGAAAACUAUUAA